AUGGAUAAGGCUAGAAACAUUUUCCAACUAGCGGUGAAAUCCGGCAUCAAGCCUGAUAUUACAAGCUACAAUAGUUUGAUGAACGGGUACUGUAAAAUGGGACGAAUUGAUGAAGUUUGUCGUCUUUUUACCAUGAUUCACGCCAAUGGGUUAGAGUGCGGUGUGAUUUCUUAUAACAUAAUGGUGGAGACUUUAUUUCGUCAUGGUCGAUGUGAAGAGGGCUUGAAGUUGUUCAAAGAGAUGGAAGCUCUACAAGUUUAUCCAGAUACAACAACUUAUGGAAUCUUGUUACAUGGUUUGUUCAAUGCUCAUCGUAUUGAUGAAGCAUUAUCCAUGUUAUAUACCAUGGAAAACAAAGGUUGCUUGCCUGAUGUUGUGAUAUAUACAAUUCUUAUUUCUGCCCUUUGUGGAGAAGGGCGGAUAGGAGAGGCUAAAAAUUUGAUGGUGCAAAUGGUGAUCAAGGGGUGCUUGCCCGAUAGUGUGACUUGCAAUAUUUAUGUUCAAGCUCUUCUCAAAAGGAGCAAGAUGGACGAUGUGAUUCUUGUCUUGAAAGAGAUGACUGCAAAUCAUACAAGUUUGGCUUCUGAAAUAUAUUUGCUUUCAGAGCCUCUUCCUCAUCACGCACAUUCUGCAGAUUAUCACUAG